CUCUCUCUCUCUCUCUCCACCAACUUCCCCGGCUUCCGCGAUUUCGACCGGAGAAGAUAUUAAAACCCUAUCUCCCGCCACCGAAGAGAGACUUCCACUUCAUCCUAAGUAACUGCUCAUACGUCGUCGUAUCCUUCCGUUCUCUCUACGAUGAACUGUGCAAUUUCUGGAGAAGUUCCCGAGGUGCCUGUGGUUUCAACGAAGUCAGGUUUGCUCUUCGAGAGGCGAUUAAUCGAGAGUCAUAUAUCGGAUUAUGGGAAGUGCCCUGUUACUGGGGAGCCUCUUACCAUUGAUGACAUUGUUCCCGUGAAAACUGGAAAGGUCAUAAAACCGAAACUGUUGCAUACUGCUAGCAUCCCUGGAUUGCUUGGAACGUUCCAGAAUGAAUGGGAUGGCUUGAUGCUAUCAAAUUUUGCACUGGAGCAACAACUCCAUACUGCAAGGCAAGAGCUAAGUCACGCUUUGUAUCAGCAUGAUUCUGCUUGUCGCGUGAUUGCUAGACUUAAAAAAGAAAGAGACGAAGCACGCCAAUUGCUUGCAGAGGUUGAAAGACAUAUACCUGCUGCCCCAGAAGCUGUGACAGCUAAUGCUCCUCUAAGUAAUGGUAAACGAGUUGCCGGUGAUGAAGAAACGGGUCCUGAUGCGAAGAAGUUGUGUCCCGGCAUUUCUGCUGAUAUCAUCACAGAAUUGACAGAUUGCAAUGCUGCUCUCUCCCAGAAGCGCAAAAAGCGGCAGAUUCCUGAAACAUUGGCUUCAAUAGAUGCUUUGGGAAGGUUCACUCAGCUAUCAAGCCACCCACUUCACAAGACCAACAAACCUGGCAUUUGUUCAAUGGACAUCUUACAUUCUAAGGAUGUCAUUGCUACUGGAGGAGUUGAUGCAACUGCUGUCAUCUUUGAUCGCCCUUCAGGGCAAAUCUUGUCGACACUGACUGGUCACUCGAAAAAGGUUACAAGUGUAAAAUUUGUAGGUGACAGUGAUCUUGUUUUGACUGCUUCGGCUGACAAGACAGUCCGUGUGUGGCGGGACUCUGGGGAUGGGCAGUAUGCUUGUGGGCAUACGUUAAAUGAUCAUUCUGAAGAGGUGCGAGCUGUAACUGUGCAUGCCACAAAUAAAUACUUCGUGUCGGCGUCUCUUGACAGUACAUGGUGCUUCUACGAUCUUUCCUCUGGCUUAUGCCUUGCAAAGGUAACAGAUGAUUCUGAGAAGGUGGAUUACACGGCUGCUGCUUUUCAUCCCGAUGGUCUCAUUCUCGGAACCGGUACUUCUCAAUCUGUUGUCAAGAUUUGGGAUGUGAAAAGUCAGGCAAAUGUGGCGAGGUUUGAUGGACACACCGGUGAAGUUACCUCUAUAUCUUUCUCCGAAAAUGGUUAUUUCCUUGCGACUGCUGCCGAGGAUGGUGUCAAAUUGUGGGACCUGCGCAAGUUAAGAAACUUCAGGUCAUUCGUAUCUGCAGAUGCAAACUCUGUGGAGUUUGAUCCUAGCGGAUCUUAUCUUGGUAUUGCUGCAUCAGAUAUCAGGCUAUACCAGACGGCGAGUGUGAAAGCUGAUUGGAACCUUAUCAAGACACUACCAGAUCUUUCCGGCACUGGUAAAGCUACAUGUGUGAAGUUUGGUCCAGAUGCACAAUACGUUGCAGCUGGCUCAAUGGACCAUAACCUACGGAUAUUUGGUCUUCCUGGUGACGAAAAAGCCAACGCCGAUGAUGACUCUGCACAAGACUCGUGA